GCUUCCUCUUAGACAAGAGGCUUGUUUCGUAAUUGCCCAUGUGGGACAAUUCACUUGGAGCGAAAGUACGUGAUCAUUUCGGUUCUUAGUGAGCUCCAGUCUGUACAGCUGAUUCCCCAUGUCCUCCACGACUUUGAGUUACUCCGAAUGGAUCAAGGAGGUCCAAACAUCCCGCAACUCGGAAUGGAAAUUCAAUGUGACUUUCUCUAAGGCUAAGGAUGUGCCCUCUCCCCCUCUAUUCGAGCACGUGUCGUUGUUCCACGAAGGAGCGGAACAAUAUGCCAUGGAUAUGACUUCGGUCCCGUCUAAGAAUGUGCAAGAAAUUGCUCAAAAGACGAUGGAACAAGGCCUAUUCGCUCCGUGUAUGGUGGGGACACUGGAGAGUCAAUUCUUAAAGAUGCAAGUUAGCCUAGCCAAGGCCAGGACUUGCUUGGAUGUGGGAACCUUCACUGGGAUGAGUGCCAUGGCUAUGGCCGAAGGCACUUCAGACAACGGACACGUGGUUACGCUGGAGUUUGAUGAUAAAAUUGCCGAUGUGGCCGAGGCUUCUUUUAAGACUUCUCCGGUGGGACACAAGAUCCAAUUGGUUCGCGGCUCUGCGCUCAGUUCAAUGGAGAAAAUGUUGGCCAACGGUGACACGUUUGACGUCAUUUUUUUGGAUGCUGAUAAGGAAAAUUACAUCAAUUACUACAAUCUGGCUAUGAGUGGUUUGUUGUCGGAGAAUGGCUUUAUUUUGGCGGACAAUUCUCUGUGUUCCUUAUUGUAUGACUCCGAUGAUGCUCGUAGCCAAAAGCUUCACGAAUUUAACCAGCACGUUAAGAACGACGAACGCGUGGAGCAAAUUGUUUUGACAAUGCGAGAAGGGGUGACCAUCAUCAAACCUUUAAAAUAAGUCCUUCAAAUCAACGCUUCAAAUGAAUAGUCCUUUCUAGUCAAUUUUCAUCUUUUCAAAUAAAUGGAUAAACUGGUUGA